AUGAAAGGAAAGGAGAUUCAGAAUGACGACUAUGAUUAUGAGGAAUCGCUGUCAGGGGCACGUCUGCAGUUCUGCAACAACGUGGAGCCUAGAUACGCCCCCUCGUCAUCCCCGAACUCAAAUGAACCCUGCCCGGGUUAUUAUGAAUGUGUCAUUUGCGCCUACUGCCCCGAAUUUCCACACGACAGAAAGACACGCCAUUUCCGUCUCUACAAACCGAGAGAUAAGUUCCCAGACGUCUUCGAAAAUGGCAUACCUUCGGCAAACAACAUCUGCGCGCACUAUCUGGCCAUUUCUUGUUGUUGGCCUCCUCAACAUAAGCAUGAGAACGGCAAUGUAAUCGAAAUACCCAGAACCUACAAAGUACGUGACCUAGAUGGCUUCAUACGAGCAAACAAGGCCCUGGACGAUAUUCUUGACCGUGCUGUUGACGUCGCCAAUAGCUUCGGUCUACGUAUGAUCUGGAUCGAUCAAGAAUGCCUUCCUCAGCACCCACAAGACGUCGAGUCUCCCUAUAAGGAGUACAAACAACUCGGAAUUCAAGCAAUGCAUAUCAUCUACAAUAGGGCCUUUGUUACGGGGGGUCUGCUGGAUGUCGCCAUGUCAAAUUGGCAACAGCUAGAAAAGAUCCGGGGCUUGAUUUCGAGGACCAGGGCCAGGAAUUCAGGCAUCAAUCGCCUCAUCACGAACGAACAAGGCUUGGAGAUUGUUCAAGAAUAUCUUUGUGUCUUCUUGCCAACAGUCUGGAAUUCAGCCCGUCUCGCCAGGACCCGAGCCGGAGAGUAUUACCAGACAUGGUUCAUUGAUCGCAUCAUGAUGCAUGGCAACCUAUUUGUGGGCUCCUAUGUACCAGAGGCCCAUGACGACAAGCCUACCGGCAAGAGAACCACUGCAUCAUGCCCAGAUGCCAACCAAGAACAUCAAUAUGACGGUCUUGAAGAUGACGAGCUUCUUAAAAGGGCAAAGCAUUUCGGCAUUAAUGGGGUCAAAUGUUGCAUCAUGCACCGUCAGUUCCAUGGGGCAAUGGUGACAUAUGUCUUUGCUGCCGAAGAAAUCCAUCAUUAUUGUGAACUGAAGACGGAAGCCGAGAAAAAUUCCAGGGCUGGGGGUCCUCACUUACAACUCACUCCCGGAACCAUGGUGUCUUUUUUGGAAACAAUAUGCACGCUGCAGAACUCCGAAGGAGAGGCUCGUCGAGCCAAAGAGCUCUUUUCCAUCUUCGAUAUAGAUGGCCCUUGCAGCGCUCCUGAUGAAGGCGAAGACUCGAGUGUGACGAUGAUAGCAAGAAUGACCAACGGGUCCUCAUCCUCAACCCGCAGUCGGAUCAAAGAGCCUGUUACUAUGAGAGUUUUGGGCAAGGUUAGGGGUUUCUGGCCUGUCAUGUAUACACAUCCGAUUGGAAACAACCUAGAGAUGCCCGCCUUGCUGUAUAUGUUGGCGCUACAUAAUGGCAUUUCCUGUGUGUCUCAUCGCGGGCCAGCGGUGGCAUGCCCCACCAAGACCGCCCGCAAGUGGACCACGAUAGCUUCACAAAAGGCUCAAAAACAUACAACACCAGGUAUUCGCUGGUCGUCACCGACCCAACUACUAAUCCGGCCCUCAUUGGCUUAUCUAUGGGAGAGCGGACGGGAUCCCGAGUUUUCCAAUGGGUAUGGUCAGUUCAGGUACGAAGAAAAGUAUUCUAUGAGGGUCUCGCUCGCCAAGAGAAUUACUCUUCAGACUGAUAUCAAUAACGUUGGGAGACAGCUGCAGAAAGUUGUUCGUCCUGAUAGUUUGACAGUAGGCAAUCGAACCGGUGGCCUCUUAAUCAUCAAUACUAUGGUAAUCAUCAACCAGCCAACAUGCGACCAACCCUCCGGCCUUAACGCCAAGCUGAGACUCCCUCACACGCCGACGCUACGUCCCCAUUCCGCAAAGCUUCGAUAUCUUUCGCAGACGGUCUCCUCUUCCAUCAGAACGAUUCCAAGAGAAUGA